AGUUUUUCUUUGGCCUUCUUGUUCUUAGCAUCCAAACACGCAGUUGAAAUGGCCUGAAUGCAGGGUAGUUUGGGAAAUUUUGAAGCUUUAAUGUUUGGUUAUAUGCCUUUUUGUUGUAGUUUAGGAGCUCCUUUGUGACCUAAAGGUGGUUAAAGAAAAGGGAAAGCCAAUUUUGAAAUUCAAACCUUUUGAGUGGAACUUCAAAUUGGAGCUGUUAUAGAAAUUCUGAAGCUUUGCUUUCUGCUUGAAAAACUGAGGAAGAUAGCAGAGAAGUCCAAUUAAAACCUUAGAUCUGGGUCAACUCCUCGCCAUUCCUUUUAGGAGCUUUAAUUUGAGUAAGAAUGGGUGAUCACCUGGUGUUGUGCGUUGACCGCUUCACAAAACCUGAAAGCUUGCAAUCACUGCAAGGGAAUGAGGCCCCAGGAUCUUCUUCAGAGGGUUCAUGCUCCCAAUCGGCCGAGCUACCCACUUGCGCCAUUGAUGUUAAGGGGGUAGGGGAGAAGGUUGUAUCUGAAGAAGAAGAGCCACUGAUUCAGACGGUUGAAUGUCGCAUUUGCCAGGAAGAAGAUAGCGUUAAGAAUUUGGAAGUCCCCUGUGCUUGCAGUGGCAGCUUAAAAUUUGCUCAUAGAAAAUGUGUCCAGCGAUGGUGCAAUGAGAAGGGAGAUAUAACUUGUGAAAUUUGUCAUCAGCCAUACCAACCUGGUUAUACUGCCCCACCACCUCUGCCUCAGUCUGAAGAUACCACAAUUGACAUCAGUGAGGGUUGGACAAUCUCUGGUACCCCUUUGGAUUUGCGUGAUCCUCGACUAUUAGCAAUGGCAGCGGCUGAACGUCACUUUCUAGAGGCUGAAUAUGAUGAGUAUGCUGAUACAAAUGCUAGUGGAGCAGCUUUUUGCCGCUCUGCUGCUCUAAUUUUAAUGGCUCUCCUCCUCUUGAGGCAUGCUUUGACCCUCCCCAAUGGAGAUGGGGAUGAUGAUGAUGCUUCAACCUUCUUUUCUCUGUUCUUGCUCCGGGCCGCUGGUUUUCUUCUCCCAUGCUACAUUAUGGCUUGGGCCAUCAGCAUAUUACAACGUCGAAGGCAAAGACAGGAGGCAGCAGCACUUGCAGCAACUGAGGUUGCAUUUAUGCUGCAGGCAGGGCAACGCCGGGGCUUGCAGUUCACAAUAGCUCCAGGACCUGCAGUGACUCCCCAUCAGGAGCCAAUUCAAUAAUACGGUGUUCCUCAAUUCUGGCAUGUACUAUUUUGGCGAAGAGGAUACGUUGGAGCUGGAAAUCUGAGUGUAUUGUUUCUGUUUGUGCUACUAGCAGUAGAGGAAAAUCAGAAGGCUGUAGCUUUCUGAUUGUCAUGUAUCUGUAAUCGAAUUAUUUUAAAUACUCGUACAAGUUCACUAUUUUCUUUACUAAUCUCUUUCUCAUGUUUUGUACAUAAUCUUGGU